GGCAGGGGCGGGACUGGAACCUAGUUCCUCUUUUCCUACCUCGGAGAGUGAGGCUUGUCGGACCAAGCAUUCCAGUGACUGUGACGGCGGCCGUGGCUGCACCUGACUCUCUCCUGUUCCUUGGCAGGUGCCGUCCCAAAGUGAACCAUGCCACGCUGGGUGCUGCUCCUCGCGCUCCUCUCACUCAGCAGCAGCUGCUCCCACUGCUCCCCGUCCCCGUCUGAGGCCAGCAGGACACAGCGCUCCUCAGAUGCCAUCUUCACGAACAACUACCGAAAGCUGUUGCGCCAACUGUCUGCCCGCCAGCUGCUCCUGGACAUCAUGAGCCAAAAGCAGAGAAAUGAAAAUCGGGAGCAAGCAGAGAAGGCACAGCUCGGGCACAAGGGGGACAAUGUGUGCACUGACCAGAAGCUGACGACACCAAACAACCGCCUGUUGACCCUGCUGCAGAAGCACAGCAGGAAUUCCCAAGGAUGAACACGCCCUUCCUCCCAAGGCUCAGGCCACCUGCAGCCCAAACACAACUGGAUCCACUUCAUCCUGUUUCAUGUCUAAUUUCCUUUUUCUUUGAUAAAUGCAAAUAAAAUUUCCC